GUCCUAUAUAUAGUGCCAAAUUCUACAACACGCCGCUUCACCUACAUUUUCUACUUUCUCUAAAUCUCUCUCUCUCAAACAUCACCACAUCCCCAUGGAAGCUCAAGCAUACAAAGAGCAAGAAGAAGCACUUCUCAUCCAAACACUUGCACUUCAAAUAGACAACAAAGAAGAACUUUCUCAUAAGCAAGAGAAAGAAGACACCAACAACAACGAUCACAAAGAAAAACUAUCUCCUAAACAAGAAAAAGAAGACACAACCACCAUCAACAACAACAUUUCUCCGCCGCCGCCGCCGCUGUAUGAAGUGGAAGAAAUCCUAGGAUAUGAGUUUAAGAACAAGCAGUUAUUGGAAGAGGCUCUCACACAUACCACUUACGGAGCUGAGAAUGAUUAUGAGCGAUUGGAAUAUGUAGGUGAUGCUGUUCUUAACUUGUUGAUGGCAAGGGAACAGUUUGUUUCAUAUCCAAAUUUGAAACCUGGUAUUUUGACUCAAUUGCGGUCAAAAAAUGUGGACUCUGAAAAGCUGGCACGAGUGGCUAUCAAUCAUGGGUUGGAUCGUUAUUUGCGUCACAAAAAGCCACAACUUGGAGAGCAAAUUGAAGCAUUUACUAAAGCAAUUGAAGAUUAUCCUAUACAUUCAAAUGGGCACAUACAUGUGCCUAAAGAUCUAGCUGAUAUGGUUGAGUCAACGAUUGGAGCUCUCUUCAUUGAUUGUGACUCAUCCCUCGAAAUUGUGUGGAAGGUUUUCAGAAAAUUACUUGAACCUAUAAUUGAGCCAAACACCGUUGAGAAGCAUCCCGUUUCAGAGCUUCAAGAAGUUUGUCAGAAGAAAAAAUUGAAUUUACAAUUCGUAGACUUGUGGGAAAAAUCUAUGAACAUUGAUGUCUUCAUCAAUGAGAAAUUUGUUGGAAGAGGCACUUAUGGCUCUAAGAAAGACAUUGCACAUUAUAGAGCUGCAAAAAAUGCUUUGGAUAAUAUAGAAAGGGUGCUAAGUGGAAGCACAUCUAUAGUUGAAGAUGCUCUUGUAGAUUGAUGUUUAUGUUUCUUGAUGAGCACUUUUUGGUCUCUCUUCUUGGGAUAGUUUUUGUGAUGUCUCCUAGAGUGUUGGGGUAGGGUGCCCUCUCUGGGCAUUUCAUGGUCUUUUGUUUCUUCUUUUUCUUGUUCUUUUUGGUUGUUUUGGUUUUUCUUGGACUUGAGUACCCAUUGUAUGUUUUUCUUUCUUUGAUUUAUAUGAUAAUUUUUGCCUUUAAAAAAUAUUGAUGUUUACGUU